AUGGACAUUUCUCUCAAAGGCUGUACACUACAUGACGCAUUUGCAGCGCUUGAAGAUGAUGAAGAUUUGGAGCCGUCGUAUAUUUUCGUUGAGCCUCCAGAUCCAGCCAUGCACAUCGAUGAAGAAUCGGCAGAUGAAGAUCAAUCAGGCUUGAUUAAAAAUCUCUCUGGUCGUCAACUUAGGCUCAGCGACAGAAAAGAAAAAAAAUUCAGAAGUGGGCAAAAACUAAAAGAACUAGGUGUCGAAGUAGCAACUGGGAUGUCCAUAGCUGAAGUUGGUUUUAGCACGAUGGCGCCAAUGUCAAAUGCUGAGAGACAAAGAAAAUACCGUGAAAAAAUAAAACCAAAUGCAGAAAAAUACGAGGAGAAAAAGAAGAAGCAUAGAGAAUACAUGAAAGCUGCUAGAAGACCAAUUGCAGAACUGACUGAAAAAGAAAAGGAAAAAAAGCGACGAGAAUGGAGACUUGCCAAAAAAAAACAAAAAGAAGGUGGUGUAACAAAACCAAAGAACAACAAGUGUUGUGCGUUAAAUGCACGAUUAUGUGAAAAAUUGAAGAAGCGAAUAACAGAUCAAAAGAAAGUUAUAGAUAAUAUAUUGCUGAAGAAACAUGCUUUACAAAAAAACCUAUAUAGACAUAAAAUUAAAAUUGAAGAGCUGCGCAAAUUGAUCUCAAAUUCAGAACGAACGGAAAACAAAUAUUUAAUAAACUCAUCAGAAAGUAAAACCAACAGUGAAUUUGUACCUACAGACAUUAAUGCACCAACUACCUCAUCCGGACUGACCACAACUGACAAAUCUGAAAAUGAAGAUUUACGUGAAAAAACUCCCAUGUCUAAAACAUUAUCCUUUAUAAAUGAAAAUAUUCCAUCCAUAUCCACUCCUGAAAAAAAUAAAGUUAAAAAACAGAUCCUGCAGCUGAAUGUGAUCAGUGCUUCGUUACAGACAGCAUAUGAAAAACAUGACAAUAAAUCAAAACAGAUCCUAAAAGACAUUGUUUCAUCCGAAGCAAUAGAAAAAUAUAAUCUGAAAACUGAUAUUUCGAAAUCAUUGGGACUGAAAGGGAGAGUAAGAAAAUUUCAGAAAAAGGAAAGGACAUACAAAGAAGCUAAAGAAAUACGUAUUUUUUUCAACAGGGAUGAUAACACUAGAAUGACAGCUGGCAAGAAAGAAUGUGUUGGUAGAGGUAAUGAUAAAUUACAGAAGCGAUUCUUGCUUACUUCAUUGAAGAAACUUUACACAAAAUAUGUAAGCGAGGGAGGAAAAGCUUCAUUUUCAACUUUUAGACGAAAUAGGCCAAGAAAUGUGUUACGGCCAAAGUUGAGUGAUAGAAACACCGUUGCAUGUAUAAAACACAGUAAUUUAGCCUUCAAAGUUGCUCAUUUAAAGAAAAUUGGCGUUAUAGGUACUUCCGAUUUGCAAGAAUUACUUGCAUCGAGUGUGUGCAGCGUUGAAUCGUACGACUGUAUGUAUUUAAAUUGUGAAAAGUGUAAAGACACCAAUCCUGAAAUGAAUUUGACAGAUAUUACAAACAAUACAGAAUGCACAUGGAUACAGUGGAUUAGAAAGGAAUUUACGUUUGAGAAGGGAAUAGAAAGAAAAAUUACUACUACAAAGAAAUAUGCUAAAGAAAGUAUUAAGGGUACAUUUUCAGAACUCAAAGAAAUGUUUUUAGCUGAUCUACGUGCAUUCCGGCAGCAUUUCUUUAAUAUAAAUCAUCAGCACAAAAAAUAUCGAGAAGUUAUUGAUAACCUACUACCCAAUGAAGCAGCUCUAAUAAUAGAUUUCUCAGAAAAUUAUUCCUUCUCUGAAAUUAAUAUUCGGGAUGCACAGAACCAGAUACCGAAUGAAUUGGAUCCAGUACCACUUACUACACGAUUACAUCAAAUUACUUACCAUGUUCCAUCAACAACACUAAGGUACCGCAAUGUCAGUUGUUUCUGUAAGUCAUCUUUGCCAAGAGGGAUUUGCGAAUGCUACAACGCGAAAACUCACGUCCUGAAAAAAACUAUAGUCCACAAGAUAAAUUGUUCAACCAAUGUUAGUAAAAGGAUGCGCAACAAUGAGGAAGCGGGGCAAUUGAAUGAAUGCGGAGCAGUGCUGCCAGAAAUUCCCGUGGUUUCACAUCGAAUAUCAACCAAUGACAUUGACGUUAUACAUGACGAAGGUGGAAUUUUUCAAUCGAAAACAAAAGCAAGUAGUUGCAUCAUUCGGGAAACUGCUGGAACAAAAAUUGUAUUGAUGGCAAAAAAUCAGAAUUCACUUAAUAUUAACACUAACGUCUUGACGACUGUAAAACAAAAACCCAAGAUUAUAUCGCAAGUUAUAAUUCCGCCCUCAAAAUGUACCCCAAAAAUUGUUACCAAUAAUGAAAAUAAAGAAAACUUAUCAUCACUUAACACUAAAAACUAUGACCGGCUUAAACGAAAAACGAGAAAAGAGAUUAAGAGAAAAGAUAAGAAGUUAAAAAGAAAAAAAGAAGAAGAUGAAUCAAGCAAUAGUGACAUCGCUAUGAGUGUCCACAGUGAUUCAGACAUUUGCGACGUUGCUUCUGAAUCAGAUAGCCUGGAUAUGCAAGAUACAGAUUUUAAUAUUAAUAAAUCAAAAUCUAAAGGCUGCAAAAAAAAUGUAAAAGUUAAAAUUGAAAAGACUAAAACUUGCCUUAUCCCAGAUACUAUGUUGCAUCAGCCCUCUUCAAGUUCCAACUUAGAAAUUGUUCCCAUUGAUAUAAAAAAAUACGAUUAUGUAUUGACAAAGUCAAUGGAAGUGGAGCUAAUAGAUUGUAAGAAUAUUGUAAAGACUGUAGAAUUAAUGUCGAUCAAUGAAAAUGAGACUGAUUUUGUAUUUCUUGACGACGAUGAUUAUAUAUAUUUUGAUUAA